CAUGAAUUACUAACUGACUACACGAAAUCGUUUUUAUCUUGUAAUGAACUGUCGUAUGUGACCAGGUCCUUUAAGCAGUGGUGUAUGCAAUUAAAGAAGAAAUUUUUAGCAUAAAUAAACCCUAGUGUAAUCACAGGCUCUUGUAAGUAACUUUUAAAAUAUAUAACCUAGAAAAAAUUGAAGUGUGUAAAACGCAUUGUGCUUAACCUAAUAAAUCACAUAUUACUUUGAUUUUAAGGACCUGAGAGACGAGUAGCGCUUGUCCGCGCAUGCGUCUCAUUCACUUCUCCAAUGUGUUUGAGUGUAUGAAGGUUGAACUGUCAAAUAAACAUAAACGAAUAAUUGUAACAGUUGCUGAGUAUUUUUGUCCAGUAGUUGAUGCCUGUUCACAUGGCUUUAUGAUAAAACAUAUAUUUUUGGACCUCAACUGCUUUCUUCGGGAUUUCUGAAAGGGUGGAAAUGGCUGGUCUGUCUGGCUAUGCCCUGCGCAUGGCUCGUCUAAGCGCCCGAAUAUUUGGAGAUGUGGCCCGUCACACAGACAACAAAUCUAUGAAAGUGGUAGAGUUGUUUAAAGAACCCCCGAUGGCCCAGAAAAAAGAAGUGUAUGACUGGUACCCUCCACACAAGAUCUACUAUUCAAUGACCCAGAAGCUCAGAUUCAUGGGGCUUUUCAGGGAUGAGCACCAGGAUUUCAAGGAGGAAAUGAGACGCUUGAGGAAACUGCGGGGUAAAGGAAAACCCAAGAAGGGAGAAGGGAAGAGAGCUGCAAAGAAGAAGUAGACAAGCCGUUUCAGCUAUUUAUGAACAUUAUGAACGGACGUACAACUGUAUGGACAAGAGGGACAUGUUUAUGACUGUGGUGACGUGUUCUGUUAACAGAGAUGAUGGUGGAAAAAACACAAAUGCUAAAUUCACCUAUGGUGUCUGUGAUGGAAAUUAAAUGUUCAUUUUUGUACAUUUUGCAUCUUUAUCUUCAAAGUGACUUUAAGAGUUUUGCCAGCUUACAAUGUUGGGACAUCCCCAGAAUACCUGACCUACUCCUCUUAGGUUUGUUUUCCUAAGAAUACACUGAAAGAGCCCAUAAACCAACCAGUUCUUGUCUGCUACAGACAUGUUGAAACUCCUUCAUGUAGUGUAAAUGGUCUACAAUCAUGAAAAGUCAACAUUUCAUUGAAUGCUAUAAAGCUUGGACUACAUAUAUGAAAUAAUUAAUAUCAAAUUGUUACAUUUGUGCCCACAAAUAAAUACACCAUAUAUUGUAAUGGGCACAUAAUAGAAAUAUGUCAGUCAGGAUCAUCUUAAAAAUUAUGCAUUUGUGUAUAGCAACAAUUUUGAUUGUGGCUGAUAUGCUAUUCUGUAAACCUGCCCACAUCCGGCCACCCCCCUCCCCCUAAUAUGAUAAGGAUGAUAAAAAGGUAUCUUGAAACUGUUCCAAUGACAGGCGUAACAGGGUUCAUUUCUUGUGUACUAAACUGAGAUCUUACUCUAUGGUCUAUUCUGCAGAAUUAUUAAAUGGGAGCUUUGCACUA